UCGAAUCGGUAAAUGAAUUGCCGUUAAUGUAUCGGAUUAUGAUUUACCGUUAUUAUACCGGAAUUUGAUUUGCCGUUAUAGGGUCGGUUAUUGAUUUACCGUUUUUGUUCCAGGGAUGACAGAGUCCUUUUUCUUUGGUGAAUCACAAUUGAUACAUGCUGCUGGAUUGGAAAAUGAUAAUCCAGAGGAGCAACCAUCACUAGCUGAACCUCCGAUUAUAUCUAUAGAUGUCUCUCAUUUGUAUCAUACUGAUCAGCGUUUCCCUUUGAAAGAUGAUCUUAUGAAAUGGGUUCGCGACAUUUCUAUGGCAAAUAAUUUUGUUUUGGUGACAACAAAGUCUGAUAGUGGUGCGAAGGGAAGAAAAGAAUAUGUCAUUCUGGGGUGUGAGAAGCAUGGUGCGUAUAUUCCCUACAGAGAACCGGAUCUUGUUGAAGGAACGUCAACACAAAAGACAGGUUGUCCUUUUAGGCUAAAAGGACGACGUACGAAAGAUGAUAAAGGUUGGUGGUUGAAGGUGAUGGACGGUAGACAGAUGGGGAUGGAGACGGAGCUGAAGCCUCUACCGCCUGAGUGGCUGCAAUAUGGUCGCCGCGCCUGGUAG